GCGACGGACGAGUGCACCAGGCGCUGACCAUUCAGCCAUAUGGGCUAUGUACGACUGAUGGAAUACACGGCGCACGAACCAAGCAGACAAAGCCCGGCCAAACUGCCGCCGUCAGCCCCGUCUUCCCGCCAUGGCCAUUACCGGCGGUCGCUGCCGGUCCGAAGUGCCUGCAUUCGUACGAUUGUCUGUGAAUGGGUAAUCCUCUCCGUAUCCCGCACCUGGGAAGUCCCAACCCCGGGCAACCGAGACUCUGGAACCCCGCCCAACACUGGCUUGACGGGAACGAGAAGCAAGGGGCUGACCUGCCCGAGAUGUUCCGCAACCUGGCUGGGAGUAACCUUGCUGGGAACAGUCGCAGUAGGUCAGUCGUCGCACGGGCUCCGUAGCCGCAUGGUCAACGAAUUGGUUGGGGAGGUGGUAAUCGUGUAGAUACCCGCACACAAUUAUCCGCCGAUCGCUCGAUGAGCCUCUUGGUACAUAGUGUAGUCGUCGGUUUAGACUUUGGGCAACAUGAGGCGAAAGCAGGGAGAUUCAGGGC